AUGCAUUACUCACCAAAUAAAACCAGAUAUCAAAGAUAUGAUUGGUAUUUUCUAUGUUUUGGUGGCAGUGAAGGAAAUCCUAUUGUCAAACUGUCAGAAAAAUUUCAUUGGGAUUUUACCAAUACAAAUAUAAUAUUAA